CUUUUUUUCCGAGUACUUUGCUUAACCAUAAUUCAUUUUUACUCAUUAUUAAAAGUUAAUCAAAGCCGUUCUUUUUGAAAGUUUUAAAUUGUUUAUUUUCUAUUCUUAUUCUGUUGAUUCAAGCUUCAUUUUCUACCUUCUUUUUGUUAUCUUUAUCCUAUUUUGAAAUUAACGUCCUUCCUUUACCUUUAAAAAGCUAAAUUUAGUCAAUGGUUUCCAAAGGUAAGAACGAAACACUUGACAUUGCGAUAAAUGCAGAUCCAGUUCCAAAUUAUCUUUUCAUCGCCUGUCAAAAUAGGUGCCCUUGAUCAAAUUCGUGAUUUACAAUCCUUCAUAGACAAUUUUCAAGUGCAAGGCGCAGAUGCAUUUAAUCAACCAUACGGAACAUUAUUCAUAGAUAAUGAAAAGACAGAGCUGAUACAGACAGAGCAAUUUCCUUUAUCAGAGACCCCGUUGGUUAAACAAACUACUGUAUCAACAGAUUCGCAUCCUGAGCAACUCCAAAAACCAAAUGCAAAAAUUGAGGAAGAGCCUUCCUUCUCUCUUAACGGUGGAAAGGUUUUAGUAGUGGAGCCUGAGGAGCUCGGUAGCAGGGCUAAACUAUCUUCUGAUCUUUCCUCGCUUUUACACAAUCGCAAUGAUACCGAAAGGAAAGUAAGGGACGAUACAAUGCAUUUGACCAGACCCUAUCAAUAUCAUGAGCACGCCCCAAGGCCGCAGCAGUCGCAAUAUGAUAAAGCUCCUAUGCCGUAUACAGAUCCGUGCUUUAUCAAUAUAGCUCCAACGGAUGAUUCGUCUCAUUUUCUGACACCGCAGCACAUAGCUUCACCCCCAACAGUGAGGUCAAGAAGAGCUUCUAUAUCAAGUAGGAAAUCAGCGAAAAGCGCAAAAAGCACAAAGAGUGCCAAAAGUUCUAAAAGUUGUAAAAGCCCUAAAAGUAUUAAAAAUGCAAAACGACAACACCUGCAAGAGAAGAAGUUAAUGCUGCAACAGCAAAACAGAAUCGAUCCUUCAGAACAGACGCCAGAAAAACAGUACAAGCAAAAGUAUAUCCCUCGCACAUAUGAGGAAAUGAUGCGAAUAUCUGAUACUCAAGAGAGAAUGAAAUUCUACGAAAAGACAAUCGACUUGUGCUUAAAGGCGGAAACACCCAUCGGUGUAUGGCGGAAAAAAUUGGAUGAGAAAAAUACUGGUCAUAGUGCCUGUACUAGUAAGACCAAUACGGCCAGGUCGACUCCGGUGAGUACAAGAAAAUUGAUACACAAACAAGAUCUCAGCAGUAGUGGCAUCCCUACGAAUUCACAGCAUGAAGCGCAGACUCACACAGCAAAAUCGGCUUUGCGCCAUAAACCCACAUCUAAAAAUAUGUCUCAAACUAUUCACCCACUGACCAAGAAAAAACCUUAUCCUUCAAAGCCUAAUUUGAAGGACCCUAAAGAUAACGCUAUCAGUACCUGUGAUACAGAUGGAAGCAAUAAAGUACUUGUGAGAACAUUCAGUAAGUUUAGCCUAACACCAUCAAUGAGACCUAACCACUUUAGAGCAACUUCUUGGCAUCAAGACAACUCGUACUCUCAUGAUGAAGCUGUUGCACACAAAAUAAUACCUCCCGUCCCUUCCAGCAAUAACGUACGCAGAUUUCCACACCCCUCUCAUCAGAAAAACCGUGUUUCUGCAAUUUCUACAAGUCAUUCAAAAGAGCAGCUACUCACAGACCAACUCUAUAUCAAAGAUAAAAAUUACCUCAAUGCAUGGCCAUCAGAUUAUAAAACAAUAACCGAAAUACGUGCUUCGGCAACUCCCAAUAAGCCUAUACGUAGACACAGCUUAAACACCAUUGGAACCAACAACCCACGUAGCACACUUACAGCAACGUACGCCACCGAUGACAAUAUAGAACAUUUGAGAAAUAUUUUACCUCAGGUGGAUAUGUAUACUUUAAAAAACGCAUUAAUAGAAGCCAAAGGUGACCCUGUUACAGCUGUUUCUGUCGCCUUGAGUCUGUUAAAGAAACAAGAAGAGGAGGCAAACAAAAUCCAGUAUUCUCACCAACAACAUAAUGCUACCAAUGACGCUUCGUAUUACCUGCCGUCACAAAAGCUACACCAUAAGAAAAGCUUUAUAUCAACGAUGAAAACGUCCACAGCUAAAUUAUUUAAACUCAAGAAAUAAUACCAAAUUUGGGUAUGGCAUGAAAUUUGUAUGAUGCUGUGUGUUAUUCUCAAGUGAUCAUCCAACUUUCAA